UCUCAAAUUAGCAUCCAUUUUACUUCCAGUGAUUAUCAACUAAAUUAAUAAUCCACAAAGUAUUAAAUAACGUUUUUAUGAAAUAUUUAGCACAAAAACAAUACCCUUUAAAUAUCGAUCGUCAGUAACUGUGGCUGACUUACCUAUAUUCUAGCAAGCAGGACUGCCAGAUGUGAAGGGGAAAUCCCCAAUAAAUUGUUGCAUGUGACUGAUGAUGUGAGCAUGUUCGUUUCAUAAUAAAAAUGUUGCCAGGUAACCAAAAAGUCGUAUGUUUUUGUGCGAAUUACGAUCAUAAUCUUUACGAUCGUACAUUAAAAAAUAGACAAAUAAUAGUAUGAGUACGAUUUAAAUCGUAUAUCUGUCAACCCUGCUAGCAAGACAGCGACAAAAUCACGUUGCAUAACAAUGUAGCCCAAGCUUAUAUCUUAUGAAAUAUACGGAAGAGAUACGGACUUAGAAAAAACAGAAAUGUUGUUCUUUGUGGAAGUCAUUGAUGAAAUUCUAUGUAUUUUAGCCCGCAAACUUUCUUCAAACAAAAACAGCGCCAUCUAGUAUCGAGUUCUGUAAUUAUCUCUUUGUUUAUGGAUUUGAAGUAAGACCGCCACGCAUGCAAUACAUUAUGACUGGGGAUUCCCCUAUUCGUCGACGCUGAAUAUGAGGCGACGACAAUCACUGUCAAACGUGUUCACUAUUACUCUGACUCUGGUAACGUGACUUCCUGGUAACGUGUUAGGUAGGAAAAGCAGUAAAAAAGUGCAUAUUAAGGGAGCAGAUUUGAAAUAAUAUUUAUACUUAACAAGAAAUAAUUAAAGGUUCAAUGGGGAGACCUAAAGAUUUACGCAUAUGGGAGCACUACCGUACUUUACCAAACAAGUCUGUUUCUUGCAAGCUUUGUAAUAAGGUCUACAAAUUCAGUAAUGCUGCCAAAAUGCUUCAACAUCUUAUCACUUGUCCAAAAUCUCCAGAAACAUUAAAAGACUCUAUGAAACUUAUAAAAGAUAGCUCGUCCAAAACCAAAAUGUCUGGACUGUCAGAGAUAGAGACAAAUGAUUCUUUUAUAAGCCCCUCGUCGUCUGCUAACACUACAAUAAAUGCUGAGUUUCAAGACACCGAUGAUCAUAUAAAAACAGAAUUAGCGAGAGCUAUAUUUGUAACAGGGACGCCAUUAUCGAUGGUGCAACAUCCUUUAUGGAUACAAUUUUUCGAAAAAUUGCAACCAAAAUUUAAAAUACCUUCACGUAAAGCUUUAGCGACAAAAUACUUAGAUAAAAUAUAUAGAGAAAUGCGUUUUGAGUUAAAUGAGGAACUAAAUGCUUGUAGUUACUUACACCUUCAGUGCGAUGGCUGGUCUAAUUUAAGAAAUGAAGGAAUAAUAAACUUUCUUAUAUCAAAACCUCAACCUGCAUACGUUAAAAGUUUGAAUACAGAAAGUAAUCCUCACACUAGUGAAUACCUUAGCCAAGAAGUUGAAAAAGUAAUGAAAGUGUAUGGAGCAAAUAAGUUUCUUGUACUUAUUGGCGAUAACGCUAGAAAUAUACAAAAGGCAUUCGAAUUAACAAAACUCAAAUAUCCACAUGUUGUUCCUCUCGGUUGCUGUGCACAUAUCCUUAACUUGUUGUGCCAAGAUAUUGUAAAGAUACAAGAAGUAACUGUGUUUAUUAUGCAAGCCAUAAAUAUAAUAAAAACUGUUAAAAGGAGUCAACGAUUAAGUUCCUUGUUGAUAAAAUCAAGGCAGGGUGAAGAUUCUACACAAACACUAAAAUUGCCUUGUGCUACAAGAUGGGGAAGUCAUGUUACUUCGUUAAAAAGUUUGAAAGCAAAUAAGAUAGCUUUGCAAAUAUUAACAGUUAGAGAAGAUGUGGUAAUUUCAAGAGAUAUUAAAGAUUUAAUUCUAAGUGAUGAUUUCUGGACGAAGACAGGGGAAUGUAUAAGUAUUUUGGAACCAGUCACUGAAAGCAUAUUUUACUUAGAGAGCGACCAGAAUCGUUUGCAUCGCACAUACAUUACAUUUAGAGAUGUACAAGCUAAGAUACGUUUUGCAUUAAAUGAGAUUUCGACAUUGAGCGAAGAAAGCAAACAGCAGAUUCUAACAUCAGUAUCUUCAAGAUGCAAUAUGGCAAUGAGGCCAAUACAUUUUGCAGCAUAUAUUCUAGACCCCAGGACUCUAGGAGUCGAACUUACUCAAGAGGAAGAACUUAAGGGUAUGGAGUUUAUCUACAAUUUAAGCCAACACUUAAGUUUGUCAAAUGUAAUGGCAGAUUUGGCGUGUUAUAAAGCUAAAGAAAACUUUUGGGCCAGAGGAUUUGUAUGGAGCUCAUUAGAUAGCAUUGAGCCCCUAAUAUGGUGGAAAGGUAUUUGUGGUUCCACUGAGUUAAGCAAAGUAGCGAUUCGUAUUCUAUCAGCUCCCUGUACUUCGGCAGCCACUGAGCGUUCCUUUAGUAUCCAAGGCUACAUACAUAAUAACAAAAGAAAUCGACUUACAACUGAAAGAACUGAAAAAAUUUCAUUCAUUUGUUAUAACUGGAAUCUAAAACAUAAAGCUGAAUGCGAGGACAUUCAGUUUAAUGAAGAAAAUACCUUAGAAGCUUUCAUUGAGCAAGUAAAUGAACAUAACAGUUUAGACGAAAUAGAGCCUAUCGAACCUAUACAAUUCAUCGCUUGUAAUAACUCUGAAUCUGACAGUGAUUGACUGUAGUUUUACAUUUUACUUUCAUCUCUUUCUUAAUAAACUCAAAAUCAAAUUAAAAGUUUUUUAUUCUGUAGGCUGCAUAAUAAUAUUGUCUAUGUCCAGUAUAGUGGACGUCUUGCGGCUGAGAUGACGAUGAUGAAGUACAAAAUCAUAAACACCCAAAAAUUUGGGUGUUUAUGGGGUUUAAACCCAAUAAACCCAAAACACCCGGUUUUUACCCACCAGACUUUAAACCCACCCAGGUGGAUUGCCCAUCUC